CCGGCCCCGCGCGGUCUGGCCGCCCCCCGCGAGCCCCACGUCGGAGACGAAGCCCGCGCGCCCCGCUCCGGUGAGCCUCAAAGGAGGAUCCUCGAAUCAGUCUCUCGUCUGACGACCGUCAGCUGCUCCUACUGCCACCAACUUGUCCCCUGCCCAAGCCUGUCACUGUGCCGCCUCUCAGCAGGUGAUGAAAAAGACAUAAAUAUAUUUUUAUAUGCUGAGGAGAUGGUACCCAGAGAUACCAACAUUACAGGAGGAAGAGGGGUGAGUGAUAGGGCAGAGCCUGAGGAGGACAGGCCCACCAAACGUGAAGUAUCAGCCUUGGAUGAGGAGAUUCUUCUAGCCAAAGUGCCGGAGGACCUGACAGAUGUGGCCUAAACUGUGAAGAAGGUGUUCUCCCAGGCUCGAGGAUCAGAGGUGGACUGUCCAAGGGGCAGCAGAAUGAAAGAAGUCAUGUCCAACAACAGCACCACUAGCAUCUCCCAAGCCAGGAAGGCUGUAGAGCAGCUGAAGAUGGAAGCCUGUAUGGACAGGGUGAAGGUGUCCCAGGCAGCCGCGGAUCUCCUGGCCUACUGUGAAGCUCACGUGCGUGAAGACCCUCUCAUCAUCCCAGUACCUGCGUCAGAAAAUCCCUUCCGAGAGAAGAAGUUCUUUUGUACCAUUCUCUGACUGUGUUUGUUAUGCCGCCGGGGCUCCUCUUCCAUCAACCCAUUCCCUGGUUAGAGACUGCAUGCUCUCAGCCUUAGGGACCUCCAGCCAGCACCGGGCCUACCCCACCAGGAUGGCUGGGGCCUGCCUCUCUUCACUGGGUUUCUUAGCUGAGUUCAGUUUUGCUUUUCCUUCUCAUGUUACAUUCUUUACCAGCAAAGAAAAUAGACAUUUUCGUAGCCAAGUAACAAGUGUGCCAACUCAAAACAAGUAUGGGUGUAAGGGUUUCGUUUUGUAAAUCAGUUCCCAUUUUCAAUAUCAAGUUCAUACAUUUCAGGGACUAAUUUGCGGGAAAGAAAAACAAUAUAGUCCCCUCCCCCCAUUCACAAGACUCUGGUAGCAAAUUAGAGCAUUUUGACCAACUGAGAUAGAUGGAUAAAGUUUUCAUCUGGAUGUUUUGUAUCUCCUGCUUUUCCAUCAUCCUAUUAGGAAGGAAGGAACCCACAGUGUCAGACGGCUUUCCUAAUGUGUGUCUACCUGGAGCCAUGUGGCCCAGACCCCAAUGAGGGUCUGAUUACCAUCGACCACUUUGGAGGUGGUCCUUCUACAAGUGUCGAUGCUCUAUGAAUAUUGUAGCAAGCUUCAAUGUAAAUGCACACCAUGAUAGCCAUCUGUUUGUGGGCUCCAGCUGGGCCAGCCAAGGGCACCGUCUCACCCCACCCCACAUAUGCCACAUCUUCUUGCUCCUCCUGUUCUGGCUCCUCCUCCAUAGUCCUGACAUGGGCUGCAUUAAUAAGAUCCUGUUCAAUAUUGCAAAAAUAAAAAGAAAAGAACCUUUAAAAGAAUAAGAUCCUGUUCUGGGCACAGCCCUGUGGGGUGUCACCAGGAUGGCUCCUGCCCCAGAGCAGUGAACCAUAGGGGCAGCAGCUUCCUCUGUGUCAUCCACUUAUCUGAGCAUUGGCUGUAUUCACUUAAUCCUCCAGCAAUUAAUAAAUGCCAGGAAAGUAGGUCUAUUUUAAAGAGAGGAAAACUGAGAAGCAUGUGGAUGGCUAGGUCUAGCUAAGUGCCAACUCUUGGUUUCAGCUCAGAUCAUGAUCUCAGGAUCCUGGCAUCAAGGCCCGUGUCAGGCUCUGCGCUCAGCAGGGAGUCUGCUUAAGAUUCUCUCUGAUUCUCUCUCUCUCUCUCUCUCUUUCUCUUCCCUCUGUCCCUCCCCCCACUUGCUCGUUCUGUCUCUCUCUCUAAUAUAAAUAAGUGCAGCACACUUCUUUCCUCAUCUUUGCAUGUUGGGCCCAAAUAGCUUACGGACAAUGAUACAUAGAUACAUGGAUGCCCUGCGGUCGACUGGACAGCUCUUGGUUUUUCUGAGACCAAGUUGCAGAAUCCAUCUAGAAAACAAAAAAGAUGAAAGAGAAGAAACACCGGGGGGCAGAGAGCUCCUUGACCAAGUUAGUGCUUUUCUGUUGGUGUAGAAACUGCCACUCCCUGGCUCUCACAGCAGCCCGCUGUGCGAUACAGGGCAAGCCACUGUGUGCCUGGCAUGUUCUAACCUGCUAAUUGGGGAUAAUGAUAAUUACUCCUCCUGCCUUUCUAUCUGGGAGGCCACAGAGAGGUGCUACAUAGAUGAAAGCUCUGAUUAUCAUUUAAAACAAAUUACUAAAUGCUCCAAUAUCAUAUAACAUUGGCAGGAGUGCAUGACUUCAAAGACAAACAUGGUUCGGUUGGAGGAAUAAUGUAAAAUUGCCUGCAAAGAGCCAAAUAUAAUUCAGAUCAAUUAAUAACUUGCCACUUUGCAAAUGGUUUUAUUACAUUUUUAUUCUUUGCUUCUUUUGUUGAAAGCAAUUCUCUGUUUCAUUAAAGCUCACUGAUAUUACCAGGGAGGUUAGGAAGCUGUGUGCUCUGACGACAGCAGAAUUGUAUGCUGUGUGUGAUAAUAAGACUUCAAACCCUUCUCUAUCUCAGUUUAUGACCAGGAGCUCUUUAUUCCGUGGUCCAUGUCAACAUCAUUAACCUGAUAAAGCAAAGCACAAUUCAUAAAAGCACAUCAGAGAAGCUGAAAAAGUAGGACAGCACGGAAGCUGGCUAAAUCGGGUCAGGAAGAAAGUGUGCUUCUCAGUUUCCUUCAGACUUUCUCUUCUUUGUUUUCACUUUUCCUGUCCCUUUCCUUUGUCUGUCUCUUUCUCCUUUUCCUCUUGUUCGACCUUAUAUUCCUCCAUGAGAUGCUUUUCUGUCUUUGUGGCUUAUCCCCUUCCCAAGCGUCCCUGAACUCACUGCCCUCUUCCCAAAAGCAAGGUCAUGCACUUGGGCUAUGAGAUACAAAAGCAGGUGCAUGAGCCCUCGCCCUGCUAGCCGCUCAUCGGGAAGUGAACGAAAGGGAGCAUGCCUGUCGUGGACAGUUGUCACAUCUUGUUGGCAGUUUGGCUUUCCAGCAUCUGAGCCCCCUCCCUACAGGGGGAUAUCACCCCUUACGUAGAAAUUUAGUGGGCUGCGAUAGUGCUCCCUUUCACUGUGGAUGCUGAAGGGGGAAGAUCUUCCCUGCCUCUCAGGUACCCCCCUCCCAGCCCCAGGCCAGCCAGGGAGGGGCCUAUGACUUCAUGUGAACUGUCUGGACUCCUUUGCCUGGACCUUGAGCCCCAAGCAAUAGGCACAGAAAUGAAAAGAUGCUGAGGUUUGUUUUAUGGGAGCUGCGGUGGCCCUGGGGCAGCAGUGGCCCAGCAGGGGAGGCAUCUGAGACUGGCAGGCUGCCGGGGUUCUGUGCCCACUGCUAACAAUGUCCAGGAAUGACAGUCCUGAGUAGACCAUUCCUGCUCUGUUCCCGGCCCCACUGGGCUGUCUUGGUGCCCCCCGCUCCCUACGUCCUCCUAGGUCUCCCUUCUAAUGUUCUGUCAAUUCUUUGAGCCCGUAAGCUCCAUCCAGUAAAUUUCUUAUUCUUCCAUGAAAUAGGCUGGGCUGGAUGUACAUAUCGUAUGACCUAAAAACUCGAUCCCUGGGUGUGUACGCUACAGAAACGUGUCUAUGUGUUCACCAAAAGAAAAGUACUAGAAUGUUCAUAGAAGCACUAUUCGGAAAAACCCAAAGCCAGAAAGCACUCCCAUGCACACAUUGAAUGGAUAAACAGAUUCUGGUAUAUUCACACAGUGAAAUCCUGUGCAGCAGUGGGAACAAAUGAUCUCAGCACAGUGGGAGUCUCACGACAUACAGCAAGUUCACACUACGUGAUUCCAUUUAUGUCAAGCGCAAAACCCAGCAAAGCUAAUCUGUGCUGUUGCAAGUAGGGAGUAUUAGUUACUCUUCAGAGGAUAGGAACCAGAGGGGGGACAAGGGGAGCUUCUAGAAUGUUCUGUGUGUGGAUCUGGCUGCUAGUAACCUGAGUGUGUCCAGUUUGUGAAAAUUCUUCAAGCUGUAUACUUUUGAUUAUGUACUUUUCUGUAUGUAUGUUGUACAUCAAUAAAGGUUUGUGUGGUUAGCAAUCAAGAAUCCUA